CGUAAUCCACGGCAUAACCCAAGUUACAUCUUCUUCUUCAAUGUUUGUUCAAGAAGAAGGAAUUAUAGCUUAAAUAUUCAAGCAAGCCGCUGGAGGAGGACUAGUACUGACAAGAAAUGGCUAAAGCUCAAUUGGGAGUGCUAAAUGCACUUGAUGUGGCCAAGACGCAGUGGUACCAUUUCACAGCAAUUGUGAUUGCGGGAAUGGGAUUCUUCACUGAUGCGUAUGAUCUUUUCUGCAUUUCCUUGGUCUCCAAGUUACUUGGCCGUAUAUACUACACCGACAUAACUCAUCCAAAGCCAGGUUCUUUGCCACCAAAUGUGGCUGCUGCCGUUAAUGGUGUGGCCCUAGUUGGAACCCUAGCCGGCCAACUCUUUUUCGGGUGGCUCGGUGACAAAAUGGGUCGCAAAAAGGUCUAUGGGAUGACCCUUCUCAUCAUGGUCAUCUGCUCCAUCGCAUCUGGCCUCUCAUUUUCUGAUCACCCAACCACCGUGAUGGCCACUCUAUGCUUCUUCCGCUUCUGGCUUGGGUUUGGCAUUGGUGGCGACUACCCUCUUUCCGCCACAAUCAUGUCCGAAUAUGCCAACAAAAAAACCCGUGGGGCUUUUAUAGCCGCUGUGUUUGCUAUGCAAGGGUUUGGAAUUCUGGCUGGAGGAAUUGUGGCAUUGGUGGUCUCAACUGCUUUCGACAAAAGCUUCCCAGCUCCUACAUAUGGAGAGAAUCCGGUAGCUUCUCUAGUCCCUCAAGCGGAUUAUGUCUGGCGUAUAAUUCUCAUGUUUGGGGCACUUCCAGCUGGUAUGACUUACUACUGGCGUAUGAAAAUGCCCGAAACUGCUCGUUACACUGCUCUUGUUGCCAAAAAUGCCAAGCUAGCUGCAGAAGACAUGUCCAAGGUUCUCCAAGUUGAACUUGAAGCCGAAGAGGAAAAGGUACAGCAAUAUACUGAUGAGAAAUCCAAUUCCUUUGGUUUGUUCACCAAGGAGUUUGCUAAAAGGCAUGGUUGGCAUUUACUUGGAACAACCUCAACUUGGUUCCUACUUGAUAUUGCCUUCUACAGCCAAAACCUUUUCCAAAAGGAUAUCUUCAGCGCAAUCGGGUGGAUCCCUUCAGCUGAUAAAAUGAAUGCAAUUCAUGAGGUUUACAAAAUUGCAAGAGCACAGACACUCAUAGCAAUGUGCAGCACUGUGCCUGGCUACUGGUUCACUGUGGCGUUCAUUGAUCAUAUUGGCCGGUUUGCCAUCCAACUGAUGGGUUUCUUCUUCAUGACCGUCUUCAUGUUUGCACUGGCAAUUCCAUACCAUCACUGGACCUUGAAGCCUAACAGAAUUGGGUUUAUUGCAAUAUAUUCACUAACCUUUUUCUUUGCCAACUUUGGACCCAAUGCCACCACAUUCGUUGUUCCCGCAGAGAUUUUCCCGGCCCGUCUCAGGUCGACGUGUCACGGAAUUUCCGCUGCAGCUGGGAAGGCGGGAGCAAUCGUGGGAGCUUUCGGAUUCUUGUAUGCAGCCCAAAGCAAGGACCCGACGAAGACCGAUGCAGGGUAUCCCGCCGGCAUUGGUGUGAAGAAUUCUCUGAUUAUGCUUGGUGUGAUCAACUUUUUGGGGAUGGCGUUUACUUUCCUGGUGCCAGAGUCUAAGGGAAAAUCACUUGAAGAGUUGACAGGUGAGAAUGAAGAUGGAAAUGAGGCCACGGAAGAGCCGGCCGCUCCUACUAAUAAGUUCGUUCCAGUUGAGGUUUAGGUUUGGUGAGCUAUUUACAAUCAGGUGAUCGCUUGAUUUGCAAUGCAACAAUAAUGUAGAUAUAUUGGCUUGUGGAAGCUUAAUUGCUGAAACUACUAUUGUAAUGUCUUUUUGGAUGUGGUUUUCUUGUGUAAUUGAUUUAUAUGAAAUUUCUUUCUGGCUUGAUGUA